AUGGCUCACGAAACUAUACAUAGUGGUCACUUUAUGACCUCCAAUCCGCAUACUGAUCCUGCUCCUGAUGACGAAGACGAAGACGUUGAAGUAGAUGUAGUCGAAGACGAUGACAAACCUGAUAAUAAUAAUUCUACUUCGAAAGCAGUUUUGGAAGAGAAGCCUGUGACGUUUUAUAAAUUCGGACCGAAAAAAACACAAUCAAUAGCUAUUGAUGUUUCUCUCAAUAAAUUAAAUAAAUGUAUAAAAGUAGCGUAUAAUAAGAUGACAACUCCGAAAUGGAAAGAUUUCAAAGGACUACGAUUACAUUGGAAACAACGUAUUCGUCUGAAUAAUGUCAUUUGGAGAGCUUAUUACAUUGAAUUCGUUCGAAAUAGGAAUAAGCCGAAGCCGAAAAGAACUCCCUUCUGCUAUUUUGCUGUUCCUGAUGAUGACACAACUCAUAUGAAAAUAGAAGGUAGUCUGUUGGAAGGAAUGUAUUGGAAGAGAAAAAUGGAAGCAGUUUGUGCUCAGUAUAAGAGGUGGCGACAUUUCAUAAAGACGCGCAGAAGCCACUUCAACAGGGACCGUCCACUGCAGAAGAGAAAGAUAGACAACGAAAUCAGACAUUCAUCGGCCGAUGAGCCCUGCUUGAAGAUACCACGCAGCCAAACUCCGAAGAAUAAUGUCUCGAAUGAGUUUUAUGAUGAGGAUGAUUAUGAAAAUUCUUUCACCGAUAGUCUUUUUGAAUCACUCAACCAACCGUAUAUGUUUCCGAAUCCUCGCGAGAUGAUGCAAAGUGGGAAUGCCGACAUCAUGCAACCUGGGCUUCUUUCGCUCCAGCCUAGUCUUGAAGAAAUCAUGGCUUCUUUAGAUGAUCCUCAAAGAGAUCCAGGUUCUGUUCAUAGCACUUCUUCGCUCAUGUUUCAAUCUCCAUCAUCUAAUAUUCCUCCUCAAACAUCGUCUCAUCCCAUGCGCUUGCGGGCUUCUCCCUCUUCAUCUACUCCACCGCUACCUCAACUUGUAGUAACGUCUCCAUCAUCAGCUAAGUUGCGGAUGGGAUUACCGAAUCACCAAGUUCCUGUGCCUCGCCAGAAUCAGGAGUAUGCCAUGGCAAGUAUGCUUUUAGACUACAGUAGUCCUUCUCCAUCUUCUAUCCAAAUGCCUACUCGACAAUCAUCAUCGAUUACUUCGCAAAUGUUGAUGUUGUCUGCUCAAGGUGUCCAACCUCAAUACUCAACAGCAACUUAUGAUCAACGUCCGUGGAAGCCAAGCAACUUUUUGUUUGAAGCCACUGCUAACGUUGCUAAUCAAGUUGAUUAUAUUCCACAGUUUUUACAAUCUCAAGCUAGUAUGGUACAAGGGACUCAGACAAUGAGUACAUCCACGGCUAGAGCUUGGUGGAUGGAUGCCCAAAUUGGUCAAAGUCCUCUGCAAGCCUCUUCUGUUGGACCAUCAACACCUUUAGGAAUAGGAAACUCUAACAGAGUAGAAGAAAGUAACAAAACGCCUGUUCAUUUGAACCGGGGUGAUAACGUUAAUUUCUCAAUGAAAGAGUUCCAGGAAGAAGAUAAAUCUUUCUCCCCACAUUUGAGUAAUAAAGAUUGGUUACGCAUUGCUGCAUCUCCUUAUUCUCAAUCGUCAACAUCUUCUCACCAGCCAGCACCUCCUACAGUUUCGAAUAGUAGACCAGCAGAGCCUCUGCAGAUCAACCAGUGGAAGGGGUCGCCCAUUGACCCUUCUACUUCAAUAUACCCAAGCUAUGGACCCUCAUUAAAUCCAACACCUCCGCAAGAUGAGGGACCAUUAGCGAGAGCUAUUCGUGAAGAAACAAAGUUUCCGAACCCGAUAUCAAAAGGGGAAAUGACUGUUUUCAAAGAAGAACCAAUGACUGGACCACCUAGUGUAAAAAUGGGAAGAUCGAAUAGCAGACAGGUACCUGCUGAUUCAACACUACAUCCAGAGGAAAGAAAGAGAAUAUUACAUCUUCACGCUGAACAGAACAGAAGAAGUGCAUUGAAGGAUGGAUUUGAUCAACUCAUGGAACUGAUUCCUGAUUUGUACAGUGGAGGUGUCAAGCCGACUAAUGCUGUUGUGCUUGCCAAAUCAGCCGAACAUAUAAGAAGGUUGAAUCAGCAAAAAUCUACCCAAGAGACGAAAGCAGCAGCAUUGAAAGAGAAAAUCGCCAAGCUAACUGUAACAAUCAGUUCUCUUCAAUCGAACUUGCCUUCAUCCAGCGGAAUACCGUCAACUUCGAAGGUAGAACCAUUAGCUGCCAUGGAAGGUUUUUAUGAUCGCUACACUAAAGAAAAAAGUAAAACUGAUUGGCGGUUUUGGAUAAUGUCGCGAAUGCUUCAAAAUGUGAUUGUUGGCAAACCCAAUUCGUUUUCUCAUGUCCUUUCCCAAAAUGAUUCAUCGUCUGCAGAGUUAGCAGCAAGCUGCUCUGAUUGGUUGAAUAAGCAAUGGAGAGGUCCUGAAUUGCGUCCACUAGCGAGCACCUUACUGGUUCAUCUAGCCACACAUACGAAUGUUUUGACUAGUCCGGCUAGCUUAGCAGACUACGUGAAAGACCAGAUGAAGAACCCCGUCUAG